AUGGGCGGAGAAUCUGAGCAACGAUCUGUAAGGGAUGGUCCCGGUGGAGCAGCCCUGAAGGAUAUCGGUGACCAACUCCAACCAAAAAGCGAGGAUUAUGGACCAUAUGAGGAGUCGAGAUACUCCAAGAUCGAUGACAACAGGCCGAAAUAUCAUCCUCCAGAAGACUCGAUCAUGUCUGACGUCGUUGAGACGGUGAAAACAUCUAGUCAUCAGCCAAAGCAAAACCCCGGAGUGAUUGGGCGUAUCACCCAGUCCCUGAACCCAUUCGGGCCUUCAGAGUCUUCUACAAUUCCCGAAAAAGUGAUUGAGAAGCAGCCGAGCCACAAAUCAGAAACCUCAAGAGAAAGGAAACUUCAAAAGGAAGUAACUCAACUACAAACUGACAAAAUUUCUCUGAGCACAAGUCUCAAUAACCUAACAGUCAAGUUCAAUUUACAAACCAAAGAUCUUGAUAGCAAAAAGGGUCUGGUCAAGCAAUGGGAAGAUUGGAAAGAUAAGUCCGAUGAGCACUGGCGCAAACAAGGAGAUGAGCACAGGAAAACGAAAGCCGCUUAUGAUCGCUUGUUUGAUGAUUAUCACAAGCUCAAGCGAACAAAGCAAGAUCUCGAAACCGAGCUUGCUGAGGAAAGAAAUGAGAACAAGACUCUGAGACAAGAUAUCGAGGAUCAAGAGGUCAAGGUUACUGAAGCGCAUUCGAGGGCUAUAUCACUACUGGCUGGUCAUGUCUCAAGCAACUUUCCUGAUGAUCAGGUCCGAACUGAACUGCAGGAUUUGUUUGAGAAGUGUUCUGAGUGGUGCAUUGACAAUCGCUUGCCGCAGAUCGAAAAAGUUGAAGAGACGCGAAACCUCAUGCGUACUGAAGGUAUCAUCAACAAUUUAGAUUGUGAGGAGCAUCUACGAUUCGACGUGACGCACCGAACAGCUACAGCAGUUUUGCUGCAGGCUGCACUAACGAAGACGCUCGUGCAGACCUUUCUUGGAAACCCAUUCUUUCUGAGUCGGCAUUCUUUGAACAAAACAGCCCUGCAAGGAGGUGCCAGCGCAGAAGCCACAGUGACGUGGUGGAUCCAGACUUGCCAAUACCUAGAGCAAGCAUUUCCCCCGCACAAACAAGGACUGCAAGCAUGUGCCGAGGGCUUCGCAAAGACCUUCGAGUCCCUCAUCGAGCCCCUCGACAGAGAAAGCCUCACGCAGCUUACCAAGCUUUUUGAGACCACAUGCAGCCUUGAGCUCAGACUCUGGAAGCUAAGAACCACUAUCCGCAUCGAGGCGCUAGGCGAUGCGACCCUCCAUCGGUUCCAGAGCAUGUUCGGCGACAUGGAGGCGCAUCCCACAGUCGGUCUUUUGAAAGGUGAUAAGCGGUUCGACGGUCGCCCGAUUUGUGUGGUAGUGCGCCCGCGGAUUAUCUCGGAGCCAGUGGAAUCUGAGAGUCGCGGAAGAGGCAUUGUCUGGUCGCCUGCGCAGGUUUGGGUGUCUAAUUGGGAGGAUGCAGGGUAUUAG